AUGGAUAACUUCGAGUACAGCAUCCAGCUGAACGACAGGGAGUGGGCUGAGUUCUUCUUGGCGUCGGAGGAAUGCAACCUAGCGCCGGCCGCCCUGGCCACCGCCGAGGAGCAGUGUCUCAGUGACAUUGAACAAGGGGACGGCGUGCCGGGGAGGGACUGCCGCGCCAGCACAAACGGGCAGAUCGCGGCGAGGGUGGGCAGCAGGCCAGGGCCUGGCACGGGAAGCUCUGCCCCACGUGGGGUGCCCAGAGACGCCUCCCUGAGCUGGCCUGCCGGCGGGCACCUCUCUCUGCCGGAGCUUCUCUCGGGCAGCGAGGACGAAGCGGACCUGGGCUCGCAGAAGGUGAAGGAGCCGGGGACACAGCCCCUGGGGAAAGCGAAGGCCACCAAGCAUUCAAAGCCAGGGCAGGCUGGUGGCUUGGGCGUACGUGACAAUGUGCCGGUGAUCCCUGCCAGCGCGGCCGCGGCUCCUCCGGGAGAGGCAUGCCAGGAGGUGUCGCAGAAGCCUCUCCAUCCCAAGAGCGUGGCAGCUUCUGGAGGGGAUGCUGCUGAGGGAGCUUAUGAGGAGCCUGCAGCUGAGACCCCCAGGGAGCUGGGGCCCCCUUGCUUUGCAGCCGGAGCCUCUGCAAGGGCAGACACCCUGGACGUGACUUGGCCUGAGAUGUACGACUAUUUGUUCUGUGACUCCCAAGGGGAAGAAGAAGGAAUGGAGAACUCAGUGGAGGGGGAGAAAACACCUUUGGAAAGGGAAAUAUCCUUGCCUGAACUGUAUGAAUAUUUAUUCAACGAACCAGAAGGAAACAGGAAAAAAGUCAAGGGUAAAGACAGGAAGCGAAAGAAGUUCAGCAGCGUGGACCACACUCAGCUGCAAAAUGAGAAUCCCGACUCAUCUCCAGUCAAAGACUCCCUGGUUAUCUCAGUCCCUGAGGUGUAUGAACACUUCUUUCCAGACAGGCCUGGGAACAGGGUGGGCUGGACAAGGAUUUUCUCAAUCACUCCAUCUUCCGAGGUGAAGAGAGCUGUGGGGGCUUUGAAGUCCCUCCUGCAAAGUCCAGUGCAUCUCAUCAGAGGCCAAGCCCCAACCCCCCAGGCUCUCGUGCGGAGAGGAUCUGGAGAGAAGCUCCCGCUUGUCCCUCUGGCUCCGCUGGGAAGAGGCCAGAUGCAGCCAGAAGGUUUGGACAUGGCCCUUGCACUGACAGGGAGGCCCGAGGCUCCGCUGGCGCUGACCCACAAAGACAUGUGCCUCGUCUUCUGUGCCUUCGCAUCCUGGGCAGUGAAGACCUCCGACCUGCAGGCUCCGGAUGCCUGGAAGACCAUGUUCCUGGCAAGUUUUGGCACGCUUUCUGCCAUCCGCUACUUCCGAAGGCAGGUCAGAGAAGGACACCUCCGGACCUAG